AGAAAAAAAAAAAUCCUUACAGUCGCCAUGAUACAGCAGCGGAAACGGGUGAGAAGUAGCUAGAAAACAAAAGAGAACACGCAGUCGUCCUCGCGAUUUGGUAUGCUCUUGCAGUGUUAUAGGAAUGCCCAAGGAAAAAUAUGACCCGCCGGAUCCCAGGCGGAUGUACACAAUUAUGUCCAGCGAGGAGGCAGCCAACGGGAAGAAGUCAUACUGGGCUGAGCUGGAAAUCAGCGGCCGAGUAAGGAGUCUCAGCACAGCCCUAUGGUCUCUGACCCACCUCACUGCCCUGCACCUCAGUGACAACUCAUUGUCACGCAUCCCGCCAGACAUUGCCAAAUUACACAACCUGGUGUACCUGGAUCUCUCAUCCAAUAAGAUCAGGAGCCUGCCGGCAGAGCUCGGCAACAUGGUGUCUCUCAGGGAACUGCUUUUAAAUAACAACCAGUUGCGGGUUCUGCCAUUUGAAUUGGGGAAACUGUUUCAGUUACAAACACUGGGGUUGAAAGGAAACCCGCUUGCACAAGAAAUUAUGAGCCUCUACCAGGAACCUGAUGGCACGCGGAGACUGCUCAACUAUUUGUUAGACAAUCUGGCAGGGGCUAUCAAGCGCAUACCAACAGAGCAGCCCCCAGCCCGGUCAUGGAUCUCACUCCAGGAACCAGACCGAUCACGGCCCUCAGCACUGUUCUCUGUGAUGUGCUACAACGUUCUGUGUGAUAAGUACGCCACGCGACAGCUAUAUGGUUAUUGUCCUUCUUGGGCUCUAAACUGGGAAUACAGAAAGAAAUCCAUCAUACAGGAGAUCCUGGGCUGCAACGCAGACAUCAUCAGUUUGCAGGAAGUUGAGACAGAGCAGUACUACAAUUUCUUCUUGCCCGAGCUGAAGGAGCAGGGAUAUGAUGGGUUCUUCAGUCCAAAGUCACGAGCUAGAACUAUGUCAGAGUCGGACCGUAAACACGUAGACGGAUGUGCAAUUUUCUACAAGACGGAAAAGUUCAGUGCAGUGCAGAAGCACACAGUGGAGUUCAACCAGCUGGCCAUGGCUAACUCCGAGGGUUCAGAGGCAAUGCUAAACAGGGUGAUGACCAAGGACAACAUCGGGGUAGCUGUACUGCUUGAGGUCCGCAAAGAGAUGAUGGAGGUUUCCUCUGGAAAGUCACUCCAUGGCAUGGAGAAGCAGCUGCUCCUGGUAGCCAAUGCCCACAUGCACUGGGACCCAGAGUAUUCUGAUGUCAAGCUGGUCCAGACCAUGAUGUUCCUGUCAGAGGUGAAGAACAUAGUGGACAAGGCAACACGCAGCCUCAAGUUGUCCUCUGUCUCUGGUGAGACCAAUGCCAUUCCACUGGUGCUCUGCGCUGACCUCAACUCCUUGCCUGAUUCUGGCGUAGUGGAGUACCUGAGUACUGGCGGAGUGGACUGCACCCACAAGGACUUCAAGGAGCUUCGUUAUAGUGACAGCCUGACCAAAUUUAACUGCAAUGGCAAGAACAGCACGUCCAAUGGCAGGAUCACCCACGGCUUCAAGUUGAAGAGCGCCUACGACAACGGCCUGAUGCCUUACACCAACUACACCUUCGACUUCAAGGGUGUCAUUGACUAUAUUUUCUACUCCAAGCCUCACCUGAACGUGCUGGGUAUCUUGGGCCCCCUGGACCCCCACUGGCUUGUAGAGAACAAUGUCAGCGGCUGCCCACACCCCCACAUCCCCUCCGACCACUUCUCCCUCUUCGCCCAGCUGGAGCUGCUCCUGCCCAAUGUGCCCCCCCAGGUCAAUGGGCUCCAUCUGCCUGCACGCAGGUAGUGAGUCCCUGCCACACCGCCAGGGGGAGCUGCAACCACAGCCUCUCCCUUUCAACCCUUUUCCCUCCCACUACCAGCUCUCCCCUCCAAGACAUCGGAGGAGGAAGACAAAAAACACAACCUGUAAAAUAUUCGUACAGUGAGGUCUGGCCGACAGGGAUUUCGUAUAAUGUUAUAGAUAUUCUAUAUUUUUUCUUUUUUCUUUCUCUAUUUUUCUUUUUUGUUCUUUUUUUAACUGCUCGAUUCAGUCCUGUUUGUGCAUCAUAUUUUGUGUUUUGGACUCCUUUUCCUCCUCAAAAACCACCCACCCACUUUGCUUCUGUCAUCCAAACUAGAGGGGAUGGUAGCUCAUUCAGAUUUGUCACAUGGGGCACGGUUUGGUUUUAGAGAAAAGGGGAAACUUAGAAGUGGCUGAUGGGAUGACAUCCACCUGAAAAGCUGCAUAGCUGAUCGUCUGCUUGUCUGUCUGUCCUGUAUAAAUCUAAAACCAGCAAAGACAGCAGACUUGACAGUCUCAGACCUCCGUUUUUGGCUUGUGCUUAUUUUCCUAUGUGCUCUGGGCAGCCAGCGUACUUUCUCAGUAUAUCUAGGAUACAAAUAUUUGUUCUUUCAAAAGUGGUUGGGUUAGAGCAGCUCUUAGCUGGUGGAUGUGCAUCCCUGAAGGUGGAUGUAGCGCAGCUCGUAUGAGGUGAAAUUUCCUGCUGUCAUUCGGUGGUGCUGAGGCCUUUUGUGUGGUCACGGCCUCCUGUGGUGCUACAAGAUAGUCUACACCUCUGACCCCGGCCCUGGUGCAUUAGCUACCAAACCCACAGAUGCCUCGAGAACCAGACGUCCGAGAACUACAUUCGCCUGAUUAUACACGGGCAGUAUGUAGUGUUAAUUUGUCAAGGGAGGAUGUUGUGAGAAACUGAGAGCAGCUACCAUCCUUUUUGCAGACUGUUUCAACCCAGCUUGUAUAGUUGUUAGGCUAGUGUUGUGCUUAGGAGCUCGUGUGGCCCAUGUAUCACCUUUUUUGGGGCAAGGGGAUUUAGGCUGAUGGAAAAAGCGAUGCGGGGGCUGUCACGAAUCUUUUCUUUAUCUUGAUUGCUUUUAGGCAGAGAGAGCGAGUAAUGGCUGAUACACAGGAGUAAAACCAGCAUUCCUCUCACUGUCUGGAGUUGCCAUCCAACUCCACACAUGCAAGCUUACACACAAACACUUACAUACACACACACAGACAGACACAUACAGGUAAUUUGAAGGCAGAUCUGUAGCACUGUCUCUUAGGCCAGUAGUGACUUUCCCCAGCCAUAAAUUCCAUACACAAAAGUAGUGGUUUUUUCACAAGUGUUUGUACAGAAUAGAAAUCUAGACUCAGUCUUUACAUGAUUGUAUAUGAACCACAAAAGACCUGUUUUCUGGCGUUUUUUUGUACUAAGAGUAAAUUAUGAUCAGAUUUGAAAAAAAGAUUGUAUUGUAAACUAUGGCUAAAUUUUUAUCCAGUUAAUGUUAAGAUGAAUUGAUAUUACCAGCUUGUACAAAAGACGUAAGAAGAGGUUGUUCAAGGCGUUCGCUGUCACUACUUUGCACUCCCUAGAGAUUAACUGUAAUUAAUGUAUCAGUAUUGUUUAAUUUUUUCUCCCCCUCUCUGCCGUUAAUUUGAUUGCUGGCAUAUUGCUGCGAUUGUAAAUAGACACUGAGUAAACUCUGCCUGUUGCUUCUUGCCCAUUAACAAAGCCAUUGAUCCACACUGCUGCCAUUAGUUCAGACAAAAGGACACAAAAGAAUUGAGUCGCAUCCCACCAGUGACUCCACAUCUGUUCAUUUAUAUAGCUCACACCCACUCUCACCAGUGAUGUGUGGCUUAUACAACCAAUAUAAAUCCCACACGUACAACAAAACAUCGUGCCUCACUGUAGCAGUUGUCGUCUUGCACUAUUUACAUUUGACGAACGCCUGAACAACCUUUUCUCCUUUUAUUUUUAAAUACUGUUGAGACAUUUGUGAAGAUUUUAUGUCCUUUUGUUGGUUUUUGUUAAUGUUGAGUUCCUUUUUUAUGAGCUGUGACAAUGUUAUGAUGAUGUGUAUAUCCUUCCUAUUCAUUGAGCUCUCUAGUAAUCAGGUAUGCUUUCUCCACGGACCCUUUCUCCUCUACUUAAAGAACAUGAGUAGGAUGUCUUAUCUUUACUAAAUCCACUCUCUUGGAUUGUAUUGCUCCCUCGUUGUACCUAAGCAUGGCUCCAUGCCCAGACCCCCAAAAUACCUAGCCCUUAGCUCCUUCCCUGGCCAUGAAUUUUAAAUCUCCGUAAACCUGUCCAUCACCCUAAUACCCCACCCCCCCACCCCACCCUCAACCGCCUAACCUCAGACUUUACCUACCCACUAUAUUACUCAAGCUGUGUCUUUUAAACCCCUUUGCUCAACCACUUUGUAUAGUUUUCUUACCCUCGUCACUGCAGCCAUCUGUGGACCCCCUACCUCUGUAUUGGAUAAGGUGGAAGGCUGCUUUUGGAUGAACAAGGGAUGAGGGGCAGCGAGCUCAGCUGUUUCUUUCUGAAGGCCAGGCUAACGCGUUGCAAUGAAUCAGAUUUGUUACAUCCUGGACUGACAAGAGAUCUGUGAUUGGUGAGACGAUUACUUCAACAGCCAUGGUUUUACACGAUACAAUGGAUGAUGAGCACUUAGUAGAUUCAGAUGCAGCUCCCCUCACUCCCUGUCCCAUCAUAUUAGUGAGUAAAGAUCUUAUUACUUUAAUGUAUAUGUUGAAAUGACAUUUUUAAAACGAGGGAAUCAAGUAAAUAGGAAGUAUAAAUUUAGUCCUCAGAUUACAUUUUCUUGUCCAAUUUGUUUGGCCCCCCCUACAUGUUUGUUUUUAAACUUUUUGUUUUGUUUUCCAAUGGAAACCAAUGU